AUGGCAGGCGGCAAGCCUCUAUCGCUGUUUGAGUCUGGCGCCAUCAUGUUGUAUCUGUCAGACAAGGCGGGCGGGAAGCUUCUGCCCUCGGACCCCGCCCUCAAGUGGGAGGCGCUGAGCUGGCUGUUCUGGCAGAUUGGCGGGGUCGGCCCCAUGUUCGGCCAAUUCGGCCACUUUCACAAGCACGCCCCUGAGAGGGUGGAGUAUGGCAUCAACCGAUACAGCGCAGAGGUGGAGGGCUUUUAG